GCUACCAACGGCAGCCACGGCCGCCGCCGCCGCCUUCGCCCCCACCCCUAGAGCGUGCACCUCCCACAAUCCCCCCCGCGGGACGUUCCAUUGCGCGCGGCUGCCGGGGCAGGGGAGAAGCGGACACGCCCGCGCGGAGGAGGCUUGCCACCGGGUCGGGAAUCUCUUGAGUAGAGAGCUAAGGAACCUAGGCACCGACCUCCUGGGCCGGGCCGCCGCAAAGCCGAGGCUUGCUACCCGCUUCCGGCCGCGGGGCGGGUGGCGCGGUGCCCCUCCGCUGGGCUGUGGUUGCAGCCGCGGCGACUGCGCGUUGGGUAGCUUCCUGCCACACGACCCGAGCUUGCUUCACAGCUGCAGGACGGGCGCCUCGGAUCCAGCCGCUGGCGGUGUGUGCGGGUCACCGAAACAGAAGUACUAGUGGUGGACUCAUGAGAACAAAGACCAUGCUGACAGGAAUGACAAGGUUUUUCUCCAGGGUCCAGAAGUUGGACCCGAGAUGUUUUUUGCACGUGAGUGUCCAAGCACCUCAGAACAAUCAGGUUCCAGCUGAGCGUCCGAGAGCUGUUUCCCGCACCAGUGACAGUGACCCAGCUAAGCACGGGGAGCAGCAUGAGGGUCAGCACUACAGCAUCCCCCCACAGGAUCUGAAGACGGUGUUUCCUCACGGCCUGCCUCCUCGAUACGCAAUGCAGGUGAAGACUUUUGGUGAAGCUUGUCUGAUGGUUAGGAAGCCAGCUCUCGAGCUUCUGGGCUACCUGAAAAAUACCAAUUUUGCUCAUCCAGCUGUACGAUAUCUUCUCUAUGGAGAGAAGGGGACAGGAAAGACCCUCAGUCUCUGUCAUGCUGUUCAUUUCUGUGCAAAAAGUGACUGGCUGAUUCUGCACAUCCCAGAUGCUCAUCUUUGGGUAAAAAACUGUGGGGAGCUGCUACAGUCCACUUACAACAAACAGCGCUUUGACCAACCCUUAGAGGCCUCUACCUGGCUGAAGAAUUUCAAAACUACCAACGAGCGCUUUCUGGGUCAGAUAAAAGUUCAAGAGAAGUAUGUUUGGAAUAAGAGAGAAAGCACUGAGAAAGGCAGUCCUCUGGGAGAAGUUGUCGAACAGGGCCUAACGCGAGUGAGAAACGCCACUGACGCUGUUGGGGUUGUGCUGAAGGAGCUGAAGACGCAGAGCUCCCUAGGACUCUUUCACCUCCUGGUGGCUGUGGAUGGAGUCAACGCCCUCUGGGGAAGGACCACGCUGAAAAGAGAAGAUAGAACCUUGAUUGCCCCGGAGGAACUCGCCCUUGUCCGCAACCUAAGAAAAAUGGUGAAAAAUGACUGGGAAGGAUUUAAUGCCCUGGAGCCUUUUCUUCCCAUCCUCAUUUCCAACUAUAAUCCAAAGGAAUUUGAAAGUUCCUUUCAGUAUUACUUGGAGAACAACUGGCUUCAGCAUGAGAAAGCUUCAACAGAGGAAGGGAGGAAGGAGCUGAAGUUCCUGAGUAACUGCAACCCUGAGCAGCUAGAGCGGCUCUGCGCCUCACUGUGAGUGCGGACAUGGAGCGGCAAGCCAAGCCGGAAGACGCCUUCCUUCAACUGCCUCGCAUGACGGAGGCCCACGGUCCCAAGCCAAGCAGCCCGACGGCACUGACGGACAUGUGACAAUGGGCUGUCCGGUUGUCCUACAAGGAAUACCAGUUUUCUGUUAGGAUUUUUAUAUUAAAAGUAGAUCUGUUUCUAAGUAUUGUAUUGGAUUUGCCAUAAGGAAAGUUCUACACUGGCCAGGUUCGGUUUCUUUGGCAUUGUUUGUUAGCAUCUGAAGAAACUCAGCGCUACAGAAAUUACUAGUUCUGUCUUCUGGAAUUAAAUCAAUUCCUCCUAGACAGGGAACUCUUCUUA